UCAUCACUCUUUCUUUUUCCUUUUCUCCUCUUCUCUUCUUAGUCUCUCUGUUCAGGACAAAGAACGCCCCUUUCUUUCCUUCUCUCUCUGUUUCUUCAUAAACUGUUCUGUUUAUUUUAAUGCAGUCUCAAGGAGAGUUUUGAAGGGAUAAAGAAACCUUCUUUACUCUCUCUCUACUUUCUUGUAAUAGGCCUUUGAGAGAGAGAGAGAGAGAGAGGGGGGCAAAUUUCUGACUUUGGUCUUCUGAUAAAGAGAGAGGUGUUAUAUAUAAAAAGAUCAAUAAUUUUAUAAAUAAUUCUUGGGUUUUGGUGGGUUUGUUGAUAGUCUUUUAGUUAAAGAACAUCGAAGAUGUUUGGUUGUGAGUGUUUUUAUUGGAAUCAAGUUACUGAUUAUGAGUUUCACAAUCCUCAACCUUUCUCUUUGCCUGCUCCUAUUCCUAAGUGGCCUCAAGGUAAAGGAUUUGCUACUGCAAGAAUAAACCUAGGAGAGUUAGAUGUCAUCAAAAUUACACAAUUUGAGAGUGUAUGGAGCUGCAACCUAUUGCAUGGAAAAAAGAAAAGAAUCACAUUUUAUAGACCUAUUGGGAUCCCUGAUGGUUUUUACUGCCUAGGCUACUACUGCCAGUCCAAUGACCAACCAUUGCGAGGGUUUGUUCUUGUGGCUAGUGAUUCCAAUGCUCAUAAGCCUGAACCUGACCACAUCCACAAUUCAAAAUCAGACUGUCCUGCUCUAAGAAAGCCCCACAACUACUCUUUGAUUUGGAGUACCAAUCCUGAAAAUGAUGGUGAUACUGGAUACUUUUGGCUGCCAAACCCCCCGAAAGGUUAUAAGGCUAUGGGCAUUGUUGUCACAAACAGUCCUGAGGAGCCAGAUGUUGAAGAAGUUAGAUGUGUUCGAGCAGAUCUUACAGAAAAAUGCAAAACCUGUGAUCAAAUAUUUUCUUCAGAGUCAAAAACCUUCAAGAACCAAUUUCAGGUUUGGAACACAACACCCUGCAAAAGGGGAAUGUGUGCUAAAGGUGUUUCUGUGGGAACAUUCUACUGCGGUACCUACUUGAAUUCUGGAGAUGAUCUGAUAGAGGUUGCAUGCUUGAAGAAUCUUGACAGCACCCUACACGCAAUGCCAAAUCUGGAACAGAUUCAUGCACUCAUUAAGCACUAUGGUCCUACUGUAUAUUUCCAUCCCGAUGAAGAGUACUUGCCAUCAUCAGUACAGUGGUUCUUCAAAAAUGGAGCACUUCUAUACCAAGACAGCAAGCCGACGGGUGAAUCAAUUGACUAUAGGGGCUUGAACUUGCCUAGUGGAGGGGAAAAUGAUGGUGAAUAUUGGAUAGAUUUGCCAAGCAAAGACGAAGCAAGGGAGAACAUUAAAAGAGGAGAUUUAGAGAGUGCUGAGCUCUAUGUUAACGUGAAGCCAGCAAUUGGAGGAACUUUUACUGAUAUUGCAAUGUGGAUAUUUUGUCCCUUCAAUGGACCAGCCACACUUAAAGUUGGACUAAUGAGUAUACCUAUGACCAAGAUUGGGCAACAUGUGGGUGACUGGGAACACUAUACCCUUCGCAUAAGCAACUUCACUGGAGAACUAUGGCAAGCCUUCUUCUCCGAGCACAGUGGUGGCCGAUGGGUGGAUGCUUCUGACUUGGAGUUCAUUGAAGAUAACAAGAUAAUUGUUUACUCAUCAAAGCAUGGUCAUGCUAGCUUCCCUCAUCCUGGUACUUAUCUUCAAGGGUCAACAAAGCUUGGAAUUGGAGUGAGAAAUGAUGUUGCUCGAAGCAAAUAUUAUAUAGAUUCAAGCACAAAGUAUCAGCUUAUUGCUGCAGAGUAUCUUGGAGAUGGAGUUGUCAAAGAACCAUGUUGGUUGCAGUACAUGAGAGAAUGGGGUCCAACCAUUGUAUAUGACUCACGGUCUGAAGCCGAUAAGAUCAUUAAUCUUCUUCCAUUUUUCGUCCGAUUUUCAGUGGAUGUUCUCUUUGACCUGUUCCCGACGGAACUUUAUGGCGAGGAAGGGCCAACUGGACCAAAGGAAAAAGAUAACUGGCUGGGAGAUGAAAUAUGCUAGUUUCACCCACGAUCAAAUCUUUCUCUGACUUAGCAAAGCUAUGGUUUCUGCAGAGGCGAAUUGCCUUUGCCAACUGUAUGCAUAGUGUGUCCUCUUGUUGUAAAGGGCUAGCCAAGGUCAUCCCUAUCUUUAUUAGGUUAUAAAGAUAGCAGAUGUUCAUGCUGCAGCCAACACGAGAACAAUGCACAAUAAGUGCUCUCAAUUAAGAUCAGCUGGCACUGAUGGCCAACUUUGGCUGACCCUUAGGAGUUUGCAUUUGGUGCAGAGUAAGAGAUAAUUUGAUAAUUGUUGCUGAUAGUCUGAUACUGCCACUGGUAGCCUUGUGCAUGUAUAUCAAGUAGAUUAAUGCUCGGUGCUUGGCCACGGAUUGCCAUUUAUGUUUCAUUACAUCUUAGGUCCUAUAAAUACACAUACUAUAACUUACCAA